AUGGAUAAAAUGCUUUCUGCAUAUUCAACGAAACGCAAAACAUUGCGUUGGCCCUUGGCCAUGUUUUAUAACAUGCUGGACGUAAGUGCACUUGCAUCAUUCAUCAUUUACUCGGAAAACAAUCCAUAUAACCGUCGCACAGACGCGCGACGAAAGUUCUUGCGGAGCUUGUCUAAGCAGCUUUUUAUGCCAGCAAUUGAACAGCGCUCUCAAGUUCCCCGGGUGCUGGGAUUCCAUCAAACACGUAAAGCUAUCGAAAUGGCUCUGGAUCGAUCCCUUUCUGCUACAUCUAAUGUUGAUUCAUCUAUUUUACCUGAUAUUUCCAACGAUAAACAACCAAAAUAUCCUGUACCUUGUCAAUACUGGUGCAAAAAAGCAGUGUGCUACUUUUGGCACAUCACAGAUUUGCAUUUGGACACAUUUUACUCGACGCAAGGAGAUGUUAUGCACAGUUGCUGGCGCAUCGACGGUCAAUCGCCAAGCGCUUCCAUUCGUUCACCGGGUCGCUUUGGUGAUUACUUUUGCGACAGUCCUUGGAGUCUAAUUGAGUCGGCGGCGAAAGCAAUGAAAUCGCGGCAAGGUGACAAUGUCGAAUUCGUGCUAUGGACUGGUGAUGGCCUGUCACACUCAGCGCUCAAAGAGUCAGAUACAAAAAGACUGGAGAUCCUGCGAAACAUCACUGAUUUGCUUGGACGUACAUUUUCAUCUCAAUUCGUAUUUCCGGUGCUUGGUCAUGAGGACGGCACAACUAAUUUUCGACAUAUGGGUGAACUAUGGCGGCAUUGGUUGCCUUCGGAGGCACUACAUACGUUCGAAAAAGGUGGCUACUACUCCAUCGAGCAGACAAAAAGUCGUCUUCGCAUAAUUGCGCUGAAUACAAAUUUCAUGCGCUACGAUCACAAAUCCCAGCCGAGCCAUCUGGCAGCAGUGCGACAGCGCACGCCAAAUGCUGCUAAUGGUAAUGGCGAUUCGGAAUAUAAGACCUAUUACUAUCACCAUGGUUCAAUACAUCAGCAUCACGGCCAUUCGUCCGGCGACUGGAUGUCGCAUGGUGGCAACUAUGGUGGCUAUGGUGUUGGCCAUCAUCGUGGCAUGAAUGCAAUACCGGCGUUAAGCGUUGGUGAUGGUGGCGGACGGGUCAGCGCACUAUCCGAGUAUGAGACUCAAGAUGCGGAAAAACAGUGGAUUUGGCUGGAGGAAGUGCUGGUUAAGUCAAAAAAUAACAAAGAAACGGUGUACAUUGUGGGUCACAUACCGCCCGGCUCGGAUGAGCGCCACAUCGGUCUGCAGCAGAAUGGGCACACCACUUUCACCGAAACCAAUAAUAAACGUUAUUUAGAGUUGGUGCGCAAGUACUCGUCGAUAAUACAGGGCCAGUUUUUUGGGCAUUUACACUCGGACUCUUUCCGGAUCAUAUACGAUGACAAUGGCAAACCAGUUUCAUGGAUGAUGAUUUCGCCAUCUGUAACACCACGAAAACUGAAUGUUGGCUCAAAUAAUCCUGCAAUGCGGCUUUACAAAUUCGAUACGGAUUCUGGUCAGGUGCUGGACUACACGCAGUACUUUAUGGAUUUACAGUUAGCGAAUCAGGUGGGCGAGCCCAACUGGCUUCCGGAAUACAAUCUAACCCAUUACUAUGCGCUCAGUGAUAUCUCGGCCAUUUCCUUGCACAAUUUUGUAGAUCGUUUCACUAGCAGUGACGGCACCUGGUUUGGCAAAUACUCCCGUGCCAAUACCGUUCGCUACCAGGCAGAUCCCUGCGAGGGUGUCUGCAUGCUAAAUCAUUAUUGUGCGAUUACACGAGUGGACUAUAAAGAAUUCCGACAGUGUCUGGAAAAGGAGCAGAGUGCGUUGCGUUCAAACGCUCCUGCUGCCCACACCGUACUCGCAGGCGCCUGCCCCGUUAUAGUGCUGAUGUGUGCAUUGUUAGCGUCCAGUUGUCGCCAAGCUAGUAUGCUGCUGCCGAAACUCAUUGCAUGCAUGAAAGUGCAGCAGCAAAAGCAACAGCAAUUGCAACGCUUGACUCCUUUUGGUGAAAGAAAAAAGCAACAAAUUGAAUUCGUAGCAAUGGUGAUGGGGCGAGCUAUGGAAUAUUGUUGAUGCUGCAAUACACGUUUGAGUACAG